CAGGCACGAGCGGAAGCCAUGUUUGUUGUUCUUCCUUCAGUCUUGACGGAGUGUGUAGGACUUGGACGUCCGAGCGCGCUGCCUGCAUGUCUUUCUCCAUACCACCACCAACUCUACCCUGCCACCCCCCGCAUGCAUGUAAGAUUAACAGAUAUGCCAAAGGAAAAAUAUGAUCCUCCAGAUCCUCGACGACUAUAUACCAUCAUGUCAGCCGAGGACGCAGCCAAUGGGAAGAAGUCCCACUGGGCCGAGUUGGAGAUAUCUGGGCGGGUUAGGAUCCUGAGCAGCUCUCUGUGGACGCUCACCCACCUGACGGCACUGCACAUCAAUGACAACAACCUCAGUCGUAUUCCAGCAGACAUCGCCAAGCUUCCCCGCCUGCUGUACCUGAACCUGUCCUCCAACAAGCUCCGCAGCCUACCUGCAGAGCUGGGCAACAUGGUGUCUCUCAGGGAAUUGCUUUUGAACAACAAUCUUUUAAGAGUUCUGCCUUACGAACUUGGGCGGCUGUUCCAGUUACAAACCCUGGGUCUGAAAGGUAACCCUUUAUCCCAAGACAUCCUCAACCUCUACCAGGAAGCAGAUGGAACCAGAAAGCUUUUGAACUACAUGCUCGACAAUCUAGCAGUGCACCCAGAACAGCUUCCCCAAAGACCGUGGAUCACCUUGAAAGAGCGAGACCAAAUGAUCCCCACAGCCGUGCUCACGGUCAUGUGCUACAACGUGCUCUGCGACAAGUACGCCACGCGGCAGCUGUAUGGGUACUGCCCCUCCUGGGCACUGAGUUGGGAGUACAGGAAGAAGGGCAUCAUGGAGGACAUUAAUACCUGCGACGCCGACAUCAUCAGCCUGCAGGAGGUGGAGACGGAGCAGUACUACACCCUCUUCCUGGCUACGCUGAAGGAGCGCGGCUACGACGGCUACUUCUGUCCCAAGUCCCGAGCCAAGCUGGUGUCAGAGCAGGAGAGGAAGCACGUCGACGGCUGUGCCGUGUUCUUCAAGACGGAAAAGUUCACUCUGGUGCAGAAACACACGGUAGAGUUCAACCAGGUUGCUAUGGCAAACUCGGAGGGGUCGGAGGUCAUGCUGAACAGGGUGAUGACAAAGGACAACAUAGGGGUCGCCGUCCUGCUGGAGGUCAACAAAGACAUGUUCUCUGGAGGGCUCAAGCCUCUGCAGGAGAAGCAGCUCGUCCUGGUGGCUAACGCCCAUAUGCACUGGGACCCGGAGUACUCAGACGUGAAGCUGAUCCAGACCAUGAUGUUCCUGUCUGAGCUGAAGCGCAUUGCUCAGAGGGCCUCAGGCUGCCAGGACACACACGACUCCAUCUCCAUCCCCAUCAUCCUGUGUGCCGACCUCAACUCUCUCCCCGACUCUGGUGUGGUGGAGUACCUGAGCCGGGGAGGCGUGGCAGAAAACCACAAGGACUUCAAGGACCUGCGCUACAGCGAGUGUCUCAACAACUUCAGCUGCAACGGCCAGAGCGGCUCUGACGGCAGCAUCACACACAGCUUCCAGCUGAGGAGCGCCUACGAGGGCAGCCUCAUGCCCUACACCAACUACACCCUAGACUUCAAGGGUGUGAUCGACUACAUCUUCUUCUCCAGGACACACAUGAGUGUGUUGGGGCUGCUGGGGCCUCUGGAGACCCAGUGGCUGAAGGACAACCACAUCACAGGCUGCCCCCACCCUCACAUCCCCUCGGACCACUUCUCCCUCUUGGCCCAGCUGGAGCUGCACCCGCCCCCACCCCCUCUCAACGGGCUGCACCUGGCCGCCCACAGCUGACUUUUCUGCUUCUGAGUUUGGAAUAAGGACUUCACCCUCUAACCUUUUACCCUUCCACCUCACAAAUGUACUCUUCUACACUUAAAUACCGCCAAUUAAAAACUACAGACAGUUCAUGAAACUCUACACUAAUUUAUGAUACAAAUUGAUCACAUUGUUUAUAUAGAGCACACCUCACAUUUUUAGGACGUGCCUAGUUUGUACUCUCUCAAACAGCAGCACUGCCGACAAGUCGAAGAAGUUCAAAAGAAUGCCAUCCUUCAUGCCAUCCAUCCAUCCUUCCAUCCUUUUUUACAAAGAGAACAGCAGGAACAGAGGUGUUCAGAGAGCAGCUCUUUGGAACCACCUAACUGUGGGGUCCUGUUCUGUCCACACAGCUUCAGUCUGCCUGCCUGUCAAAGGCUCAUCUGUUACUGGCUGUGAUCACAGGUUUGUGCUGUCUAAGGUGUGCAGCUAUACUGAAGGAUAUUCAGCAGGUGAUUAGCUGCCAUUUAAGAGUUUUCGUAGCUCUACAGAUGUAACAGGCCUGUAAUUGUUACUCGAGAACAUGACUUUGCGUGUGAUUUGCUUAAUUAUGUAUGUUGGAGUGAUCAUGAGUGAUGGACAUUUGUGCAGUCGCAACCACCAGCACAACCCCCCACCCGCACCCCAACCCCCCCACCCCGGUAGUGACUUACUGAGGUGAAAUGUGGGUCUUGAGGUUAGAACAGUUGAUAAACAGGUCUAACCCUAACAGGUUUAUUGUGCUGAAAACACGUGUGACACAUCGUACUACCCAGGCAGUCUGUAUGAUUAAAACAUGCAUGUGGACCAGUAUGUGAGAAGAGGCCUUCAUAACUGUUAUGUAAUGGGGGGUUAGAAAUGACCAGCACAGCAACCAGCAUUCAAAAGGUGCAGUUUCAAUAAAAAGAUUUAAGAAAGAUUUCUAUGGUACCUUUUGUCAGUCUGAUGACAAGGUGUGCUGAGUGAGCUGGAGGGAUGUGCCUCUGAAGGGUUAGGGAGCCAUCAGGUGUUUUCAGAACGACACCAAACACUGCUGGUUGACUGGUCCUGACUGGAGGUGCUGGCUGACUGGUCCUGACUGGAGAAAAACAAGUGUUUGUUUCAGGCUUUCAGUUACUGUAUGUUUACAUCAGUUGAAACCGUAGACUCUUUACUGGUACUGUCAUUCACUUCCCCUCUGUCUCACUUGGGCAAUAAAGAGUCAUUUUAAAUCA